AUGAGUUUGCAAGAAGUAGCCACGAAAUUGAGAGAUCUCUACGGGUCCGCUGAAGUCCUUAAUCAGGAGGCCAAGGAAGCAAUUAUCAGUGAUCUGACUGUUAUUGGACAGUCUAUGAACAAUGCGAACCAGUUGGCCUACAGAUUCGCCAAUAAUGCUUGGAACAUGUCAUCUCUGGUCGAAGAGCAUGCAAACAACAACAAUCUUUGUUGGAGAGAUUGUCUUGUUUUUGAGGAUGUCAAGUGGACUUGGAUAGAGUUCAACAGAGAUGUCAACAAGAUGGCUAAUUGGCUGAUCAGCGUUGGUGUAAAGAGACUUGACCAUGUGUGCCUGAUUAUGGAAAACGCUCCUCAAUUCUUGUUGACGUGGAUGGCUUGUGGAAGAAUUGGAGCGGCUGCUUCAUUCAUCAAUUUUAAUCUCAAGGGACGCAAUUUGGAACAUUGUGUCAACCUGUCUGAAGCACGAAUCAUUGUUGUUGAUUCUAUUUUCUCUGCCAAUGUGAAAGAGAUUGAAUCGACAAUCAAGUCUGGCCAUGCUGGUGAAAAUUUACGUGUCUUUGAAUGGGGGACUGGUUCAAAAAGCCUGUACCCACAAGUCAAUUUUAUUACACUGAACAAAGUUUCAGACCAUACACCUGCUAAUGCUUACGGCGGUAAGGAUGGAACACCUGAUGAUACGUGCAUGUUGAUCUUUACAAGUGGAACGACCGGUCUCCCGAAAUCUGUCCGUCUGUCGCAUGGCAAGCAACUUGCUACCGGCAUGCUCAUUUCGAAUUCCUUUCAAAUGAAUUCGUCGGACAGAUGUUACUCUGCUUUGCCUCUCUAUCACGGCGCGGCUACCAUGGUCGGCUGGUGUGGCAUGCUAUCCGUUGGAGGCUGCUUUUGUCUUGCUCGUAAAUUCUCUGCUUCUGGAUUCUUUGUCGAAGGUACGGCAUUCCUAUUACGUUUCGGUUGGAGUGAGCCAGUAACAUCUCUUUAUAGUUGGAAGAAUGAACGCGACCAUGGUGAUAGAUCACUUGACUGGUUUCAUCAACGAUUUAGAUACCUUCUUCAACAGCCUGUCAGGCCAACGGACAAGGCACACAGACUGAGGAUCGCAUUGGGAGUAGGAUUGCGGCCUGAUAUCUGGAACGAGUUCAAGACUCGUUUCAACAUCAGACAAAUCGGCGAAUGGUUUGGUCAAACAGAAGGCGCCGUUGCAAUCACCAACUUCCAAAAUGGAAAUAAUACUGUCAAUGGCAGUGUCGGCCGCGUUGGACCUAUACUCCAACAUUUCAACCGAAUGGAACUUGUACAAUAUGACGUUGGUCAAGAUGAACCUGUUCGUGGCCCUGACGGAUUUUUUGUCAAGUGUGGGCCAAAUGAACCUGGCCUCUUGGUAGCUCAAGUUGAUCAUAAUCCAGCGCGCUUUGAAGGCUACUAUAAGAAUCCCGCUGCCCGACAGAAAAAGAUUGCCGAGAAUUGCUUUGUCAAGGGCGAUUGCUACUAUAUGACAGGCGAUCUGUUAAAAAGGGAUGAGAAAUUCUGGUACUACUUCAUCGAUCGUAUUGGUGACACGUUCAGAUACAGAGGAGAGAACGUUGCGACCAACGAUGUCGCCGAGACCUUGUUGCCAUUCCAAGGACUCUCUGAAAUCAACGUAUACGGCGCUUCAAUACCUGGACGUGAAGGUGAAGGUCGGAUCGGCAUGGCUUCCAUCGUCAUUGACAAAAGUUUCAGCUUCUCUGCCUUUGCUAAACACGUCUGUGAUAAGCUACCUACUUAUGCAAGGCCAUACUUCCUAAGAAUCCAAGAGGAGAUGCAGGUAACAGGUACUUUUAAGCAAAUGAAGGCCGAGUUGAGGGCCACUGGAAUAGAUCCAACAAAGACCACUGACAAGAUCUACAAGCUAAAUGAAAAAGGAGAUAAUUAUGAUUUGUUUACCAAGAGUCAGUUUAGUAACAUUCAUAUGGCAAAGUUGUAA